GUGUCCUCCCAGCCAAAUGUAGCAGGCAAAACUGAAGGGGAUGGAGAAAAAGUUACAGGACGGCAAAUAAUCAACAUGGAAUCCUUCCACAUAGACGAUCGCGAGGAUUUCAAAGAUGAGUCCCUCUACACGUUUUGUGGCUCCUGCAAGAAUCACGUGAUGACUACAGUGACGUAUAGAGUUGGGAAAAUGACGAUUGUGUUUGCAGCGGCGCUUUGCCUGCUGGGAUGCUUCGGAGGCUGCUGCCUCGUUCCGUUUCUAUGGAAACGAUUUCAAGAUGUGGAGCACGUGUGUCCAAACUGCCAGUUAAAAUUGGGAAAAUACCGGCGACCAACCAAAAACAUUUGCUGCAAGGUGAGAAUGUUCAUUUGUUAA